CGGCAUCUCGAAUCCCGAAUUCCUAUCCCGACUCCGACACGGCAGUGACACUAAUGACAGCAGUGCGAUGUCCGUCUGUCUGCGCCCGUGUGGGAGAUGUGAACACCACGAGAUCGUGGAAAUCGAUUCGUGACGCGAAUAUCGCGCGAAGAUCACUCGGUCGCAUCUUCCCGAUUGGAUCACGUUCGCUCGUUCGCUCGUUUUCUCGCUCGUUCGUUUAUGUUUCACUUUUUGUCUUGCAAUUUGCAAGCUGCAAGUAUUCCCAAUAAGGCGCCGACACAGCCGAAGCUGUUACACCUAAUCAUGAUAAAUCGAUUGAGAUAAUGAGAGAUAACGGUUCGUCAGAGACGUGGAAGGCACGACACCAUGGGAGCUGUAUGUGACUAGUAUGAUUCAUUUUGAUAUUAAUUUCUGUAUCCAAGAAUUUUAGACGUCUCAAAAAAUGAGUCCGAUCAGAAUUACUACCGCGGACAGUCUCGAUUAUCGUUACAUACCCAUCACAAAAAACAGCGUUAGUUUAGGCAUUAAAGCUAGCCACGAUGCAAGGAUCGCCUUACGAACACAUCUUGGUAGUGACUCUAAUGUGUACGAGAUUAUUAUUGGCGGAUGGGGAAAUACUAUGUCGGCGAUAAAAAGAAAUAAUACAGAACCAGAUGUGGCAGAAACAGACACGAGAGACAUAUUAAAUCCUGAUGAAAUAUGUGAUAUUUUCAUACAAUGGUCUUGCGAUGGACUAUUAAGUGUUAGCCGUGAGGAUGAUUUUGACAUGCCGUUCAUGUCUUAUAAAGACAGAAGUCCGUUUGUUAUAAAUUAUAUAGGAGUUAGUACUGCUUGGGGUGCAACUGGAGAAUGGAUAAUUGAAGAGUGUCAGUUCACAUCGCCUGCCAUCAGACAACAAUUGAUGGAUACGUGCCACUUCUGGGUAGACUUUAACGAGGCAUUUGGAUUGCCUCGGAACGCGGUAAUGGCCUCUGAGGACGGUUUAUACAUCGGUCGGGCACAUCACCAGGGUACAGUGACACCGGGUGGUAUUCGCGACAACGUCUGCACGCUGGCAUGGGGUGGCAAUGCCCAUGAAAAGCGAGAAUUCCAAGUACUAUGCGGCAAGGAUGUGAAUUGGGUGAAGUCCUGGGAGGGUAGCGUGCCUCUGCACGCCUUGCCUGCUGGUGAAACUGAGGAUGGUUAUGCUCUAUUUGUUGGCCGAGUGUUGCACGAAGGGAUCUAUCACAUCGGCAAAAUACAACCGAAUCAUCAGGUAUGCUACAUACCACUGAACGGCCAAGAAAUGCCCUAUCUGGAGUACGAGGCCUUGGUCAUACAUGACACCUAUGGAGUCGAGUGUAUCGGGAGAUAAAGCAACAGUAUUUACGCCUUAGAAAUAGAGAGUGUAUUUAUUUUUCCACGAGACAAGAUAUUUUCCGCGUGCUACAGUUAAACGUGGUCUUCUUCAUAAAAUUUCAAUUGGAGUUGUUCAUAUACGGAUUAGUUUUUUAUAAUUCAAAAUUUAUAACAUCAUAUUUUUUUAUAAAUAAAAAAUAUUGUGGAUAAUUAUCAUUAAAGCUCCCGUUCACUCGCUAUUAUUAUCUCAGAUUAUAAGAAGCGAAAAA